GCGCCCCCAUGCACGACCAUGUCGACCGAAGCGAACGCGGCCUCGCAGUCACAGCCGGCAAGCAAGCGAUGGUCCUACUUCCACUCGGCCCUUCAGCUCGCCAUACAGCGUGCCGCACACAAAUGGACCUACGAGGACUUCACAGAAUGCUUCUCGAUCUGGUGUGAGGAGCAGCCAGAGAACGCACCGCGUAUCUUCACGACGGUCUCGCGGCACAUGGAGGACUCGAUAACUGAAAGCUGCGAGCAACUGCUCAAACGGUACAGCGUCCGAGAGAAUCUCGACAGCCUGCAUGCGGUCGUCACAGAGGCUCGGGCGCGGAAGCAAGCUAGCUAUGACAAGACGGACGUAUGGCGUGAAGACUUGCAUCCCAGCGCAGCUGUUCGCGCACGUACCGUUCCCCUGCUGGACAAGGAACGGGACCGUCUCCGUGCUGAGUUGCAAUCGCUUGACGCGGAGAAUAUGCGAUUACAAGAUGACAUGCGGACGAACGUGCAGGCACGUGAAGAAGUCGACACAGAGGCGGCGCACUUACUAGAUUUGUUGGUGGAGAUUGAGUCGAAAUGGGGCCAGUUGCCCAUGGAGGAGAUUCAAUCCUGGGCUCUGCAGACUGCAGAAUCUGUCAGCAACACUCACCCCGUGUGACUCCUCAAGGCCUCACGUCGUGUACAGUAGGCGACCAAGAAGUACCCUCUAUCCGCUGCGAUAUAUGGUUCAUAUUGACCCUUUUAGCAUAGCUCAUAGCCAGCAAUGAGUACACUUGAGCUUUCGACGCCGACGUUCGU